UCGCGCGGCGGCACGCAGAGCAGAAGCAGACGGUCUGAAUGAGCAGCGGGACACUUCUGCACUUCCUCAAAAGCCUCCCGAGCCGCCUCAGCGUCAAAACUCCGGGGAAACUCUGCUACGGGCAGCGAUAAAGCUCUCCCUGCUCGUUCCUCGGUUCGACACGACAUUUUCCAGCGCGGUGAAAGGCGGGCGUCGCCAUGGCACCCUUCCUACGUAUCUCCAUCAACGCUCACGAGAUGGGCGCUCUGUCUCCGCUGUCUGACCCUCCCAUCUGUGCCGUGAAGAUGAAGGAGUCCGUCAACACAGAGCGAGGAAAGACCCUCCUUCAGAAGAAGCCCACCAUGUAUCCCGCCUGGAAGUCCACCUUCGAUGCUCACAUCUACGAGGGCCGAGUCCUGGAAGUGGUCCUCAUGCAGCAGGAGGGCUCCAAAGAGUCUCUGGCCAAGGCCACAGUGGGCGUGUCUGUGCUGGCAGAGCGCUGCAAGAAGUCUAAAACUGCUGGACGUGCUGAGUUCUGGCUCGACAUGAUCCCCUCAGGGAGGGUGCAGAUGGCUGUGCAGUUUUUCCUGGAGAACGAGGACUCGGUGAAGGCCCCGCCUCCAGAAGGAGUCCUGACCAUCAACAGGCGGAGAGGCGCCUUCAAGCAGCCCAGGGUUCACUGCAUCAAGCACCACGAGUUCAUCGCCGUCUUCUUCCACCAGCCCACCUUCUGCUCCGUGUGCAGGGAGUUCGUCUGGGGCCUGAACAAGCAAGGUUACAAGUGCAAACAAUGCAAUGCAGCAAUCCACAAAAAAUGCAUCGACAAAAUCAUCGGCAAAUGCACCGGAACAGCUGCCAACAGCCGUGACACCAUGUUCCAGAAAGAGCGUUUCAAGAUUGACAUGCCGCAUCGCUUCAAGACCUACAACUACCGGGGCCCCACGUUCUGCGACCACUGCGGCAGCCUGCUGUGGGGCCUCUACAAGCAGGGCCUCAAAUGUGAAGACUGUGGCAUGAACGUACACAGUUACUGUCAAACUAAAGUGGCCAAUCUGUGUGGGAUCAACCAGAGGCUGCUGGCGGAGGCUCUGCAUCAAGUCUCAAUUAAAUCCAAGAAGAACGAUGACUCCAUGGGAGCAGAUGUUGGAAUCUACCAAGAUGUCAGAAAUCCUACAACAGACCCUCGGGCACAGGACAAUGGCAAGGCUGUGUUACCGACCCCCAUGACCCAGAUCGCGAUCCCGAGCAUGCCUCCCAGGGUGCACCUCACCCUCGACCACCUGGUGUGGAUAAAGGUGCUCGGAAAAGGCAGCUUUGGAAAGGUGCUGCUGGCCGAGCUGAAGGGAAAGGGUCAGUACUUCGCCGUGAAGGCCCUUAAGAAGGACGUGGUUCUCAUGGACGACGACGUGGAGUGCACCAUGGUGGAGAAGAGAGUCCUGGCCCUCGCCUGGGAGAACCCCUUCCUCACUCACCUCUACGCCACGUUGCAGUCUAAAGAGCACCUCUUCUUUGUGAUGGAGUACUUGAAUGGAGGCGACUUGAUGUUUCACAUCCAAGACAAAGGCCGCUUCAACACCGCCAGAGCGACGUUCUAUGCAGCCGAGAUCAUCGUGGGACUGCAGUUCCUCCACUCAAAAGGAAUAAUCUACAGAGACCUGAAGCUGGAUAACGUGAUGCUGGACAAAGACGGACACAUAAAGAUCGCAGACUUUGGCAUGUGCAGGGAGAAUGUGUUUGGAGAGAGCAAGGCGACCACCUUCUGCGGCACGCCGGACUAUAUCGCGCCAGAGAUCCUGCUGGGGCUGAAGUACACGUUCUCAGUGGACUGGUGGUCGUUUGGCGUGCUGGUGUACGAGAUGCUGAUCGGUCAGUCGCCCUUCCAAGGCGACGAUGAGGAAGAGCUGUUUGAAGCCAUCCGGACGGAGUUCCCUCAUUACCCGCGGUGGAUCUCGAAGGAGGCCAAGAGCUUGCUUGAGCAGCUGUUUGAGCGAGACCCCUGCCGCAGACUGGGUGUGAUUGGUAAGAUCCGUGAGCACCCGUUCUUCAAAUCCAUCAACUGGACGGCCCUGGAGAGGAGAGAGGUGGAGCCUCCUUUCAGGCCCAAAGUGAAAUCUGCCAGUGACUACAGCAACUUCGACAGAGAGUUCCUGAGCGAGAAGCCACGUCUGUCCCACGGUGACAAAAACCUCAUCGAGUCCAUGGACCAGAACGCCUUCGCCGGCUUUUCCUUCGUCAACCCGAAACUGAUGACCCUGAUAAGAAAAUGAAAGCUCCGACCGAAUGUGUGAGAAACAGGGUUUCAUGUUGACACGAGGAAAACAGACUCCUCCCACACACACUCCCUUCACGCCCUGUGAUCAACAGGGAUUGGCCUGGACUUUUCCACUUCCUCCUCCAGAGGGUAAAAUGUAAUAAAACUGUCUUCUGAACCAGUAUCCAAAAGCAUAUGAAUCUCCUGGAAGGAAAGGGAGACUCUUCCGUGAGCAGUGUUCAUGUAACCAACGCUGGAGGGAUCGUUCAUGAUAUAUUUAUUCUUUUGGUAAAUUUCUGUCAUUUCCCCAUGUGAUCAAAACUUCAAAUCAUUCGCUGUACUGUAGGAUCAAAAUUGAAAUCAUAAGCAUGAAAGGCUUAUCUCGUUAUCCAAGCACGAGGCAUUGCACUGCGCUUCGGCCGCCCGUACGUCUCCCUGCAGAUCUCAUCUGCUGUGUGGUACGACACGCUCCGACGCCGCCGCUGUAGCCGGGAUCGCUGUCUGCUGGUGAACGACUCCUCAGCCGGCCGAGGCGUCGUCCAGAGAAACGUUUGAAAUAACCGAGUGGCUAUAAACGCUUCUGAUUUUAAGUAUUCAUGUUCUGGAUUAUUGUAUCUGACCUCCUGGCUGCCUGUGCCGUCUUGACAAACCCCUGGCUGCAUUCCUCAGAGAUAAUCUUUUAAAUUUAGCACGGGUUCACGUCGUCUCUUUCGUCUCCUCCACGCUGCUGGUGUCAAAUGUCAUUCUGAACAUGAAAGCAAAGCGCGGUACAAACAAUCAUUCCACUUGUAAUAUGAAUUUUCUGUAAGGAGCUGUGGCAGCGGCGUGGUAUUUAACCCGUACCUGUAUACGUUUUGAAGGAUUUGUCUUUUUUUUUUGACUGCCAGUGGGGCAUUUUGCUGUAAAAACAGAUCUUUAGUUUGUCUUAUUUUACUUGAAUGUAGGAAAUUUAACGUGAAAAUAAUAGUACUGUAUAAAUGAAAUUAUUAUGUCCGUUAUGAGCUGUCUGAGUUAUGGGUGUACUUUUUUUUACUUUCAUCUUUUACAUUUGAUUCUCAAUAAAUAUAUUGUGAAAAUAAGGUA